UAUAAAUAGGGGGAUCCCCUUCUACACGCCUAGCAGCUUUACUUGUCUUUUAGAUUCGGUAAUAUUUUUAUUUUCCUCCGUGUACCGACGAAAGAUGAUGCGAUCAUCUAAAAGUCUACACAUCGAGAUUUUUUCUCUCACUGUGAGUCACCAAAGGCAAGAACAAGAGAGAAGCAUCUUCUCUGUGUAUUCGCAGGACACCAUUGCGAAACUGCUACAUAAAGAUUCAUAGAUACAUAUGGACUUUCUUUCGAAGCCACGACUCAUGGACAAAAAACCAUGCCCGGCGUGUUUUGGAACCAGAUGAUCCCUUCCAAGGGGAAGCGGCGGCACUUCCAUAAAAAUGCGGCGCAGGGCUUCGAAGACGAGCGCGAGGCGUUUCGACUGAAGCACCGAACGACUCACGAUGACCGAGAAUUAUGGGCCAAGUGCCUAGCCAUCGGCGUGCCAGAGUCAGUCCCGGACCUACACCGGACCGAGUGGCCCGAUCUGCGGAACUAUGUGAAGGACUUCAAGGCAGCGCUUCUGAUCGAACUAGACGCGGAGCGACGGGCAGUUUUCGGCGCACAGGAGGGCCACCGCUGUCUCGUCGACUUGAUGGUAAGGCAUGUCUCGGAAUAUUCUGUUUCUGAGGAGUGCCAACUGCGUGAUGAGACCAAGUCAGAGGUCGUGGAAGGUGCGGGCUCAGUGCCUGACAGUGAUUGCGAGUUGCUCCUUGCAGAUGAAGCAUCGCAAGAGGACAGGAGCAAAAAACUGCUCAAGAAAACGACAACAAAAGCUGCGGCAAAACAACGGCAUUUUUUAGAGAUACAGGCGCAGUCGUUUGGUGAGCUGGAUUAUCC